AGCCAAUUCUGACCGUGUCAACGAGUCAUCCACACACCUGCAGCUCUGCUGAGACCGUGCAAGCCCCGGGGGUUUUGAGCUCAUCUUCAUCAUUCAUAUGAGGAAAUCAGUGGUAAAAUCCUUGGAAAUACAAUGAGACUCAUCAGAAACAUUUACAUAUUUUGUAGUAUUGUUAUGACAGUAGAGGGCGAGGCUCCAGAGCUGCCAGAAGAAAGGGAACUGUUGACCAACUGCUCCAACAUGUCUCUAAGAAAGGUUCCCGCAGACUUGACCCCAGCCACAACCACACUGGAUUUAUCCUAUAACCUCCUUUUUCAACUCCAGAGUUCAGAUUUUCAUUCUGUCUCCAAACUGAAAGUUUUGAUUCUACGCCAUAACAGAAUUCAACAUCUGAAUCUCAAAACCUUUGAAUUCAACAAGGAGUUAAGAUAUUUAGAUUUGUCUAAUAACAGACUGAAGAGCGUAACUUGGUAUUUACUGGCAGGUCUCAGGUAUUUAGAUCUUUCUUUUAAUGACUUUGACACCAUGCCUAUCUGUGAGGAAGCUGGCAACAUGUCACACCUGGAAAUCCUAGGUUUGAGUGGGGCAAAAAUACAAAAAUCAGAUUUCCAGAAAAUUGCUCAUCUACAUCUAAAUACUGUCUUCUUAGGAUUCAGAACUCUUUCUCAUUAUGAAGAAGGUAGCCUGCCCAUCUUAAACACGACAAAACUGCACAUUGUUUUACCAAUGGACACAAAUUUCUGGGUUCUUUUGCGUGAUGGAAUCAAGACUUCAAAAAUAUUAGAAAUGACAAAUAUAGAUGGCAAAAGCCAAUUUGUAAGUUAUGAAAUGCAACGAAAUAUUAGUUUAGAAAAUGCUAAGACAUCAGUUCUAUUACUUAAUAAAGUUGAUUUACUCUGGGACGACCUUUUCCAUAUCUUACAAUUUGUUUGGCAUACAUCAGUGGAACACUUUCAGAUCCAAAAUGUGACUUUUGGUGGUAAGGCUUAUCUUGACCACAAUUCAUUUGACUACUCAAAUACUGUAAUGAGAACUAUAAAACUGGAGCAUGUACAUUUCAGAGUGUUUUACAUUCAACAGGAUAACAUCUAUUUGCUUUUGACCAAAAUGGACAUAGAAAACCUGACAAUAUCAAAUGCACAAAUGCCACAUAUGCUUUUCCCUAAUUAUCCUACAAAAUUCCAAUAUUUAAAUUUUGCCAAUAAUAUCUUAACAGAUGAGUUGUUUAAAAGAACUAUCCAACUGCCUCACUUGAAAACUCUCAUUUUGAAUAGCAAUAAACUGGAGACACUUUCUUUAGUGAGUUGCUUUGCUAACAACACACCCUUGGAACACUUGGAUCUGAGUCAAAAUCUAUUACAACAUAAAAAUGAUGAAAAUUGCUCAUGGCCAGAAACUGUGGUCAACAUGAAUCUGUCAUACAAUAAAUUGUCUGAUUCUGUCUUCAGGUGCUUGCCCAAAGGUAUUCAAAUACUUGACCUAAAUAAUAACCAAAUCCAAACUGUACCUAAAGAGACUAUUCAUCUGAUGGCCUUACGAGAGCUAAAUAUUGCUUUUAAUUUCCUAACUGAUCUCCCUGGGUGCAGUCAUUUCAGUAGACUUUCAAUUCUGAACGUUGAAAUGAACUUAAUUCUCAGCCCAUCUCUGGAUUUUGUUCAGAGCUGCCAGGGAGUUAAGACUCUAAAUGCGGGAAGAAAUCCAUUCCGGUGUACUUGUGAAUUAAAAAAUUUCAUUCAGCUUGAAACAUAUUCAGAGGUCAUGAUGGUUGGAUGGUCAGAUUCUUACACCUGUGAAUACCCUUUAAACCUAAGGGGCACUCGGUUAAAAGAUGUUCAUCUCCCUGAAUUAUCUUGCAACACAGCUCUGUUGAUUGUCACCAUUGUGGUUAUCAUGCUAGUUCUGGGGUUGGCUGUGUCCUUCUGCUGUCUCCACUUUGAUCUGCCCUGGUAUUUCAGGAUGCUAGGUCAAUGCACACAAACAUGGCACAGGGUUAGGAAGACAACUCAAGAACAACUCAAGAGAAAUGUCCAAUUCCACGCAUUUAUUUCAUACAGUGAACAUGAUUCUCUGUGGGUGAAGAAUGAAUUGAUCCCCAAUCUAGAGAAAGAAGAUGGUUCUAUCUUGAUUUGCCUUUAUGAAAGAUACUUUGACCCUGGCAAGAGCAUUAGUGAAAAUAUUGUAAGCUUCAUUGAGAAAAGCUAUAAGUCCAUCUUUGUUUUGUCUCCCAACUUUGUCCAGAAUGAGUGGUGCCAUUUUGAAUUCUACUUUGCCCACCACAAUCUCUUCCAUGAAAAUUCUGAUCAUAUAAUUCUUAUCUUACUGGAACCCAUUCCAUUCUACUGCAUUCCCACAAGGUGUCAUAAACUGAAAACUCUCCUGGAAAAAAAAGCAUACUUGGAAUGGCCCAAGGAUAGGCGUAAAUGUGGGCUUUUCUGGGCAAACCUUCGAGUUGCUAUUAAUGUUAACAUAUCAGCCACCAGAGAAAUGUAUGAACUGCAGACAUUCACAGAGUUAAAUGAAGAGUCUCGAGGUUCUACAGUCUCUCUGAUGAGAACAGACUGCCUAUAAAAUCCCACAGCCCUAGGGAAGUUGGGGACCACACACUGUUGGGAUGUAAAUUGAUAUAACCUUUAUGAUGGCAGUUUGGCAAUAUUCAUUAAAAUAAAAAAUGGUUAUUCCCUUCA